AGGUAACACAGUUUGUAACUUGUGGUUUGAUUCUGAGUAAGACUGAAAACUACCUCGGCGUGAGAUGGAAUAAUACACGUACACCUUUCGAGAGGAAGUCAUCUUUCUAUUGGCGAUCCUGUCCACUGAUUGAGGUUAUGCUAGUUUCUGGAGAGAUGGAAUUGCUUGAAAAUAUAAACCCUAAACUGUACAGAAAAUGCGAAAAAAGAGAAGUUACUCCAGAAGAAGAAGAUGAUAAUGUGGUGGAUCCUUUCGAUUCCAGAGAAGUCUUUGAUAUGAUAAGAAGUAUUCAUGAUCCUGAACACCCUUUAACAUUGGAAGAACUGAAUGUUGUGGAACAAAAUCUUAUCGAGGUGGACAAUGAGAACAGUGAAAUAAAUGUCCAAUUUACUCCGACCAUUCCACACUGCAGCAUGGCUACGCUGAUUGGCUUGUCAAUCCGAGUGCAACUGUUGCGAUCGCUUCCUUCAAGAUUCAAAGUCAGUGUAGCGAUUACUCCUGGGACACACAGUUCUGAAGAAGCCGUGAAUAAACAGCUCGCAGACAAAGAGCGUGUUGCAGCUGCAACUGAAAACUCUCAUCUCAUUGAAGUUAUAAAUGAAUGUAUUGCUAUGAAAUGAUUUGUACAUUAUGUAAUUCUUUAGUUGUAUAUACAACUAUGUAUGAAUUAGA